AUGUCAGCUACUACAACGUUUGCCGCCGCAGCUAAGACGCCCUACUCAGAGGCGGCUAGUCUUGAACACUACAACAGCAAGAUGUUGAAGGAACUCAAGGUCCUGGCAAAAUUGCAUGGUAUUUCUGAUGCUGGUGAACCGCGGGAUGUCGUCGCGCAUUUGAUGGAGAAAGAUAGGGAGAACAGUACUUGGCCUGGUAUGUACGACGAACCCAACAAGAAGGAUGGCGAAAGCUCGGGUAUCACGCCGGCUAAGAAGGUCUCGAAGAAGACUGAGACGCCUUCUGAGACCAAGAUCAUCGUUGGGAAAAAAUCGAAUAAUGCUUCCACUGCGACCGUCUCCAACAAAAACACUGCCACAACUUCAAUAGGCAGUAUAACCUCGACGGGCUCCAAUAACAAUACAGCUACUUCCAUGCCCCAGUUGGCAAAGGAGUGGGAUGAACUAUGGGGUCCGCCUUACGCUCUCGCCAAGCCCGCUACCAGCGAUUCGAGGUCCCAAGGCACAUCUGUGACUACUGCUGAAUCCACACCCACUCGUUCCAAGCCGCUUGUCUCUCCCAUAACUUCGGUUUCUUCCACUUCGUCGGAUUCAAAUCGGUAUAAUGUUCUCGUUACUGAUGAGACGGAGGUUCGUGAGCCAGAGGGAAAGGAGGGCGAGGAGGUGAAUGAGGAGGAGAUCCCUCCUAUGGAGGAGGUUACGAAGAAGGCACUGUCUGUGCACCAGAAGUGGGUGGACUCUUACACAAUCAUAGAGGAGGAAAAGGAAGAGGAAAGGGCAGCUCUGGCCAACUUGGCCACCAACAAUAACGUCGAUGCUGGGGAAAAGACAAAGAAGAAUAAGAAGCGUGGCAAGGAGGGCGGAAAGAAGGUCAACAGGGACAAGAAGGAUGCUCCCCAGUCCGCUGAAAUUGAAGCUAACACGACCGAGGCAUUGACGUCAGGAGCUGCUUCUACUUUGGAGCAGGCCGAGGGUAUCCCAUUGCCAGUCUCGCCGGCCAGACCUGAGCCGACUGAGGCCACUACGGAGCAUGCGAUUGAUGUCUCUGGUCCGGUAUCCAUUUUUGAAGAGAACAAUGGUGCCAUCGUUGAACCCUCGCCGUCGGUCGCACCUACAGAGGUGGAUGAGUGGGUUAAUGAACAAAUCGAUCUUCAUGAGUCUAUGCCCACUGUCACCAAGGACAUGCAAGACUCUCCUCCGUCUAUCGGGAUCCCAGCUCCAGAGCAACCUCCCGCCUCCCCAAUCGCCAUAACAGCAUCUGAGCCGGCAGCAAAGCCGCCCAAGAAAGCCACUGCCCAGAACUUUCACGUCGCCCCUCCCCUAUCGCCACCGUCUACCCAGACCGCCUCAGCCCCCACGCCCAUUAAGACUAACACCCAAAGGCGCAAUGAGAAGCGUAAGGGAAACAAGCAGGUGGCAUCGUCAAACAUGUACAACGUCCUUAUUCCGGAUGAACUCGCGGGUGAUUCCACGCCAAAUUCAUCUAACACAAAGGAGAAUAACAACGGCAACAGCGGCGAGGGUGCUGCUCCAGCAGCCAAGAAGGAUAAGCGUGGCGCAAAAGGCGGCAAGAAGGCGCAAGCGCAGAAGAAGAACCAAUUUGUGCCUGUCGUUGAGACUACUGCUUCUCCUGUCGUUCUGGCUGCCGUUGCAGCCAAGGUUGAGCUGGUGCAUGUGGUUUUGGUGGUCGCUUUGGCAAUUCUUGCUGGGGCUUUUGGGGCUUGGGUCAAAGGCUAA